AAACAAAGUUGUUCAUCGCUGAUAACCAUACAACCUGAUGAGCCAGAGGUCACUCCACUCAAGUCUCCCAGAAGUGGUCCGCCUCUGUCUCUUCCUCGAGACAUCCAAAAGACAGCAGCCCUUCCACGAGCUCUCUACCCUGUAUGAUGUCUCUCCUCCUCAUCACAGUGUUGUCCUCACUCAUAGUGCAAGAUGCUGAGGCGUGGAGCGCCAAUGUCAAGUACGCGGUGAACUGCCCCGACAGAUGCAACGUGGAGCGGUGUGGCGGGACGCAGCGCUGCACAAGGACGGUCCUGGAUGACUGCGGCUGUUGCCAGGUCUGUGCAGCCGGCAGAGGGGAGCACUGUUACCGCACCGUGUCGGGCAUGCACGGGGUGAAGUGCGGACCGGGAUUAUUCUGCGAGUUCUACAAGGAUGAGGACGAUUACGGAGACGAAUAUGGGAUUUGCAAAGACUGUCUCUAUGGAACCUACGGAGUUGAGUGUCGCAAGACAUGCAACUGCAAAGGUAACAUAUGUGACAGGGAGACAGGAGCUUGUCUCACCCUCAAAUUCUUUGCCAAAAUCGCCAGCAAGCUCAAGACUGAGACUCAAGAAGGGGGAGAGGUGGGCUCAGGAGAAGUCAGCACUGCCCAGAACACAGAUCAACACACGGACAGAUCCACCGCUCCGAAGCGGCUCAACCCUCGCUGACAAGUGCUGACAAGACUGAAUCUAUUCAGUGUAAAUGUAGCAUUAACUUAUAGAUGAACUGAAAGAUAUAUUUUAUUAUGUUAAACGAUGAAAAGGUUUUUUACAGCAUUUGGAAUAUUCAGACUGUGUUAUUCUUUUGUUAUUGUUCUUCAUCGGUUCCUGAGAUCAUCCUGUACUCUGUUCCCAUCGGCAUACAGCUGAUCGUCUCGUUCAGCGUGCCUUCAUACAUUAUUGUUGAGAAAAUGAGAGUUAUUGUCACAAGAGAAGGACGUUGCUUUUAUUUUCAAUCUGGACACGGCCAUACUUUUCAUUGAUUCAUUGUAGUCCACUAAAUUCUUUUGAAGUUUUCCUUUCAUGAUAUUUUAUUUGUACUGUAUGAAAAGCGGACAGGGAAAAUAUCAUGUAUAUGACACCAGCCAAUGUAAAGAAUGCUCUUACAAUUAAACCAAAGUUAUCACUGACUGUU